CGUCAUCUGUCAAAAUGGCAGACUCGGAAUUUGAUGAAAGUUCUUGGGUUACAGAGCUUGAGACAGCUUUGGAAGAUGAUUGUGAUUUUGGAACCCUGAGGAACAUUUGCAAUGGGAAAACAAUAGCAACUCACUUAAGGCCCCAGGCCUGGCAGAUUUGCCUGAAUGUGCAAGGGAAGAGUAAUUCAUUGGCUGCCUUUGAUGAACUGUUUGAUAUGGACAAUCAGGAGGUACUACGUGAAGACUGUGCUGCUCUUGUAGAUAAGCUUGGAAAUGAGGAACAAGAUAAAGUUUCCAUUGUUAGUGAUCUGGAAUCCAUCAUCACAUUCUACUGUAAAUCUUGCAGUAAAGAGUACCGAUCAAGCAAUGGUUGGCUGGACAUCCUCCAGCCCCUUUUAGCCCUGAAACUAUCACGAGCAGAGCUUUACAACUGCUUCUAUGCCAUGAUGACUAAAUAUGUUCCCAGGGAUUGUGGUAAGAAUGGAAAACUUUUCCAUUUGUUCAGGUUACUGUUACAGUACCAUGACCCAGAGCUGUGUUCAUUUCUAGAUACCAAGAAAAUAACCCCCGACAUGUAUGCACAGAACUGGUUUCAGAGUUUAUUCUCCGCAAACUGUGACCUACGUGUAAUAGGAAACAUGUGGGAUGUCUACUUCCAGCAUGCUGAUCCCUUCCUGGUGUUCUUCCUGGCCUUAGUCAUACUCAUCAAUGCCAGGGAACAGAUUAUAUCAGGUGUUGGAGAAACAAAACAAAGUACCAUAGAGUUGAUAGAGACAUUUCCAGCAGCUUUGGAGGCAGAUGACAUUGAAGAUUUCUGUUCCUUGGCACAGUACUAUGCCUCCAAAACACCUCAAUCCUUUCGAAGGGAGUACCAGGUUCCCCUUUUUGGGAUGUCACUGUCAGCAUGUAGAGAAGAGGCUGUUCCAGUCUCCCAGGCUCUCUGCUUACCUGUCUCAGUGGCAGAGCUUGUCCAGGCUAAUCAGCUGGGAUCUGGUGAAGGUGUGAGGUACUUCGUGGUGGACUGUCGACCUGCUGACCAUUACAAUGCUGGACACUUGCCAACAGCCUUUCACUUGGAUGCUAAUCUGAUGCUGCAGAACCCUGUGGAAUUCAGAACAACUGUACAAGCGCUGUGUUCAACUCAGAAACAGGCCAUAGCAUCAGGGUCAGAAGCCGGGGGAGAACACCUGUGUUUUAUUGGCAGUGGUCGAGAAGAAGAGGACCAGUAUGUUCACAUGGUUGUGGCUAACUUCUUACAGAAGAACCAACAGUAUGUCAGUGUGGCUCGUGGUGGUUACAUAGCUCUGCAUUCUCACCUGAAGGAUGACAUAGCUGGCGGUCUGACAGAUCAUAACCCCAAGAUGUGUAUUGUGUGUAAUCCAGACUUGUCAGCAGGCGGAGCCAGUGACACAGAGAACCUGGAGGAGUUCCGUACUGUUAAUGGGGGUCAAGGUGAUUCAUUAUUUGGAAAGUUAUCAUCUGUUGUGAAAUCCAAAUCUGCUGAAAUGAAAGAGAAACUAACAAAUUAUAUCAAGAAUGAACAAGGACAUACAGAAAGGCAUGUCAGCAGUUCUGAUCGAUUGGGGAAAAGAUACAGAAAUACUGCAAGUGUGUUUUCAAUUGCGGAUGAUGAUGACGGAGAUGGAGAUGACUAUGGACUGUCAGAUGAAGAGCACAAGGAGGUGGUCAAACUGGACACAUGGUACAACAAACCAGAUAUGGUGUAUUCAUGUGAAUGUCAGGAGGUCAAGGCCAAUGGCUUUAUGUACAGCAGUCACCUAAUUGUUACAAGAUCUCACUUGUACAUAUUGAGAGAUAUCCCAAAGCAGAAUGGCAUGGCCCACAUCCAGGCCAGAAGGGCCCUAGGCAGUAUUGUGAAAAUAACCUCCAAGAAAAAAUACCCAGAACUGAUCACAUUCAAAUAUGGUACAAAUGAGGAGGAUGGAAUACAUGUUAGUGACAUGGACCGCUUUAUUAUUUCCAAGGCUGGGGAAGCAACAAAAGCCAUUAAAUACCAAAUUAUCAAAGUUCUGGAUGCCUUGGAUAGCUGAUUAAGUGAGACUUGACAAUACCUGUGUACGUGUUCGUUAGCUCAAGACACAAUGCUGUAGUGCGGACAGUAACGGUGGACAGAGAUACAGGUUGUUCCAUCUCGUGUGUGCUGACCUAGAUAUGCUCAAUCUUGAGAUUAUUGAACAUCAUUCAGAAAGUGGUUUAGUAACAGUACUUUUUUUUAAAAUUUGGAAUUGCACUUUUUAACUAUAAGAUUAUUGUACUAAAAAAAUCGCCUGAGGCUCUUUCAGAUUUUGAACCAGAAAAACAAACAAAUUCAGAUUAAGGCUCCAAAUAACUAGCAAUACAUUUGAAACUUUGAUGGUUCAAAAUCAGAAAUGGUAUCAGUGCUUUCAAUCCCAUAAUGAUGUUAUGUUAGAUAUUGACCAUGACAAAUCAUAACAUGGCAAUUAUGGUAUACAGUAGUAUCUGCAUCAAGCACAACAGUAGUAUUAUGAAAUCAUCUGCAUCCAACACUAUGCUAGUGUGAUGAAAUUAUACCAUGGCAAGGUUUAACCAGAGGGGUGUCUCAGUGUCUUUGAUGUGCCCGGUUCUGACAAAAUUAACAUCAGAGAGAUAGGGAAAAUAGUAGAAAAUUGGAAAUGUGAUGGCCUGAUUUUCCAAUUCAUUCUAAAUCUAUGAUGGUAACUGCUUCUGUGUGGUGAGAUCAUCCCAUAACAACUGCAUCAGUGUGGUGAAAUCAUCUCAUGACAACUGCAUCAGUGUGGUGAGAUCAUCCCAUGACAACUGCAUCAGUGUGGUGAGAUCAUCCCAUGACAACUGCAUCAGUGUGGUGAAAUCAUCCCAUGACAACUGCAUCAAGCAUUUCACACUAAUGAAAAGUUUGACUUUACCUAUGUAGACUGUGAAUCUUAAUUCAGAUAUUAUCUAUCCUAAGCAGUGUUUUUAAGAGAGUACCUCAUUACACAAUGUCGCACAUUACGAAUUAUAGUUGUGGCACCCACAAUGUACAUUACAUUAUCCUUGUAUCAGUAUCCAUGUGUAUAUACCUCCAUCAAAGUGUUGUUCUGUUUUCAUGGUUAUAAGUUAGCCUGCAAUAUUGAAAUCUAAGCACAGCUUUAUGUUGCCACACAGUAGUAUUUUUAAGCAUAGAGCAGCUCUACAAUGAAUGCCAUUGUUAUCAGAACAGUCAAGUGUCUAUGCCACUAUUUUAUGUGAAAUUGAUUCUCAACGUCAGUUAUACCUUAGAUAAUAGGUGGUCAGAGUCACAGCAAGCUACAUGUAAGCCCAGUUUAUGGUUGGAAAGAAAGGGGGUUUUUUUGUGAUUAAAUUUAUACUUAGGCUUUAACAAGUUCAGUUUUAUUUUUUUUUGGUUAAUUAGUGCCACAAUGAAAUGUUCUUCUUGAUAUGUACUUUCAUUUAAACCUGAAAAUCUGUUAACUCUUCAGUUGUUUCAGUAAGACUUCAGUUUUGGUGCAGCUUUCUGUUAAGAUAAUCCUUGUUUUAAAGCUUUGUGGGCCCAGUUAAAUUCUCUAUAUAAACAGGCUCAUUGUUUAUGUGUUUAAAAUGAAAUUUUCCUUAAUAAUACAUUGCUGAUACAUGCUAGCUCUUAUAGCUUUAAUAUUUCACUUUUGUUAAAGGCAUGUCCAUAUGUAAAGCCUUUUAAACAUAGAAUGUGUGUGUAAAUUGUAAUUCGUUAUUUGAUGUGUACAAAUCUGAGAUAAGUUGUCAGGUUAGAACUAUUUCCAGGCUUAUAUGAUGCACUUUAGCCAAUAAUAGCCAAAAAAUGACUUUGGACUUUAUUACCAAGUUAUUUAGAUUGAACAGCCUUACACUUAUAUGUACAUGUAGGCCUACAUGUCAGUUACCCAUAAUAAGAUGUUUACUUGUGGGCAGGUUAUAUGAAUGAUUCUGUGAAUUCCAGUCUGCCUUGUUGUUACCUAAUUUAAACUAUUUAUUUUAUUAAGUAAAUGUACAUGUAUAUUGGCUAUUCACAAGGUUGCUAAUGCUGAUGUUGCCAUUGAACACAGUACCUGUAUGUAUAGUAAAUGUAAUAGUAUGUACUGGCAUAAUCCUGCCUGUCAUUUGUAAGGGAGCCGUUUUUGUUUCUGCGUGCAAUAAGGCCAAUCUUAGCAUUGCAGUAGACAUUGUGCGCUGUUUUAACUUGAUUGUUUUGUGGUUGUUUUAUUGUUCAGAAGAUUGAUACAUAAACAUGUACAAAGUGUAGUAACCAGGAUUUUAAGUUUUAUGUAAUAUAACAUGGCAUGCUGUAAACAUGCAUGCGCAAAGCACCAGGUAAUAUUUUGUGGAUCUAAACCUGACUAAGUGGACCCAUUCUGUUUUUACAUCCAAGAAUGGUUGUAUCAGCUAAGUAGGAAGAGCAGCAGUAGUCAAUGAUGUUAAAUCUUGCCUAUUCACAAAAACAGGCCAUUAUUUUAUGAUCAGGGUAGGUAUAAUGAAAGAGAAUUAUAAUAGAUGCAAAUUGUAAUCUAGUAGAUGUGGACAUUUAAGAAGAUGUGAUGCAAGGGUUAUGCCUUCUUUUACCAGAACCAUUUAACCAGUCAGGUUGCAGUAGAUUUCUACAUCUGUUGUAUUUGCUAAUUGGCGUGCAUACAUGUUUUUAAUAGCUUGUACCAGCCAAGAACUCUGUCUGCAAAAACAGAUUUAGUGAUUGCUGAUUUAACUGUUACUGUUAAUACUGGUAUUUGACUGUUCUGUAUCAAGGGGAAGUUGUACAACAAAGAAUUGUAUGAAGCUAAUUAACAGACAUGGAAAGUUGAAUGUUUCUUCUAUUUCAGAUUUAACCGUAAUAGUUUUUGCACUGUCUGAUGUUUUUGUGAUUACUGAUACAGCUGUUACUGUUAAUAUUUGACUGCUCUAGAUUAAGAAAAAACAAAACAAUAAAGAGUUUUAUGAAACUAAUAACCAAACAUGGACAGUAAAAAUGUUCCUGCUACUUUAGAUUUAGCAGUAAUAGUUUUUGCAUUAUCUUUUCCUUGUAAAUAUUAUGAAUUAUUCCAUGAUUGCACAAGUCAUUUUAAUGAAGUUAUGAAUUGAUGAGGUGAACAUUAAAUUUUCCAUGUCUCAUUUAUUUUAUAGUUCAGUAAAACAUUGGGUUGUAUAGCAAAAGUAUAUCGAAAUAGUGCAAUCGUUUUCCUGAUAUCGUCCAUAUGCACAUAUUUUGGAAGUAAUUAACAUUUUUUCUUAACUGGAUGGAAUGUUCACAUAAACAGAGCUUUAAAUUCUUUCCUUAAAUAAGCUCCCUGUUAGCUGUAUUUUGUACAUUAGAUAAUGGUUCAGAAGUUAGCUGGAGAUACUGGAAAGGUGAAAACAAAAUUAUGCC